GUGUGGAAUGAGAAAGCUGCCAAAAAUGCUCAGAAAUGGGCAAAUAAGUGUGAGAUGAAAAUCAGUCCAAGAGAUCAGAGAGUUAUCAAUGGUGUCACCUGUGGUGAGAAUGUAUUGCUAUCAUCUUACCCAAGAACAUGGGCUGAAGCAAUUCAAGUCUGGAACAGCCAGUCCUCCAAUUUCAAGUAUGGAUAUGGAGCAACCACGAAAAAUGUCAAUAUCGAGAGCUAUACGCAGCUAAUCUGGUACAACAGCCACCAGGUCGGAUGUGCAGUUGCCUACUGUCCUAGGAACCAGUUCAAUUACUUUUAUGUUUGCCAAUACUGUCCUCCAGGAAAUAACGCAAUGCAAGUAGCUGCACCUUACAGAACUGGACCAAAAUGUGCAGACUGUCCCGGCCACUGUGAGAGAGGGCUUUGCACCAAUCCUUGCAAGCAUCAGGAUUUCUUUGGAAACUGCAGAAAUCUGAAGAUGUUGUUUGGCUGUGGCCAUCCACUG